AUGUCUUUUAUAACCAAAACCUCCACAUGCCGGGGAGAGGGAAGUCUGGGCAUCUCUGCUCAAGCUGCUGCCCCCGUGACCCGAUCUCGGAUAAGCGAAAGAGGAUGGAUGGAUGGAUGGAUUAUACACAGAAGUGAAAUAUUGUGUCUUGCAGGACUCAAUACUGGGACCUUAACUACCACAAAGUCAUGCUGCUCUGUCACACAGCCCCACAGAAUGAGUUUCGCCGCUAUCUUUCUUUGGUUCCUCUUGCUGUGUCUUGCCUAUGCAUAUGGAAACCAGACCUCCUGCUAUAAGGUUACAAAUUAUGAAAUAUCUUGUUGCCAUCUCAACCUUUCAUUUAUUCCUGAACACCUGGGACACGAACUUAAAAAAUUAGACUUGUCGCAUAACCACAUACGGAACCUCAACAGCAAGACUGCCAUAUAUCUAAAAUCCUUGCAGGAACUCAAUCUUGCAUGGAAUAAUCUUGGUGAAAGUGACAAAAAUGGACAACUCUUCUUACAGCCACUGACACAGCUGAGACUGCUUGACAUGUCAUUUAAUGAUCUAAAUUUGAAUGUGGCGACUGAGUUUCUGCAGAACCUGAGCUCUCUGCAGUUCCUGUACCUCAAAGGAAACAAAAUCGUCAAACUUUCUUCCCAUUUGUUCCAAGGAAUGCCCAACCUAUGCCAUAUCAACCUAGAGCAAAAUCUUAUCCUGGAAAUUGAAGAGGGAACCUUUGAGAACCUGAAAAGCCUUGCUGUGUUAAACUUAGCUAUUAAUGCACUGCACUGCAUUUCAGAUUUUAGGUUGCCUCAGCUGCAGGUUCUAAACCUUAGCCAAAAUUCCAUUGAGCUCUUUGUUACAGCUGAGAAAACAGACAUAUACCAACUGACAACUUUGGACCUUAGCCAUAACAGACUGCUUUCAUUUCCAAUACUUCCUCAAAAGAAUAUUCUACAACACCUCUACUUACAAAAUAAUCAGAUGGAUGUUUUAUUUACUAAAACUGUAAUUCUGGAAAGAAAAUUUUUACCGAAAGGAAUGGCAAAUUCACAUAUGGUGAAAGACGAUAAGUAUAACCAAAAUUCCAGAAACUGGCUUGGAAAUAUAACACAUUUGGACUUGAGUAAAAACCAUCUUUCAUCUGUCCCUUUUCAUAUUUUAAAAGAACUAGUUGCUCUUCAGCAUCUGGACCUUAGUGACAACUGUCUUCUGGAUAUCAUAAGCAAUAGCACUUCUUUGGAAGAACUGGCAUAUCUUCCUUCUCUUCAAUCUCUAGACCUUCAGAGAAAUCAGAUCAGAUACAUCCCUCAUGGCUUCUUUCAUCUUCUCCCAAAGAUUGAAGUACUACACCUGGGUGACAAUAGGGUGAAACUCUGUGGCAUCAUUGAUAAAAAUGACAGCUCAGUAACACAAGAAAAAAAAAAGGAUGAAAGGUGUGUGUCAUUUUCAGACAUAAGAACACUAAAGCACCUGAGCUUACAAAGUAACAACAUCACAAGACUUUUUCCUAAUAUGUUCCACCAGACUCCACUGGUUACACUUGACCUCUCUGGCAAUAAUAAAUUGAAAAUUGCUGAGGGUGCACUGAAUGAUUUAAACCAGAGUCUGGAAGUACUUAAUUUAAGCAGCAAUCAUAUGACCGCCAGCGAGUUACGUUUGCCAUGUUUACCAAAGUUACAAAUGUUAGAUCUCUCUAACAACCGGAUAAAUACAUUGCCCAAAGGCAUUGCUUGUGCUGCCUUAGUGGAAGCAGAUGUAAGGAAUAAUUCUUUGAGAAGUCUGGAUGAGUGGAUGGUAGCAUAUUGGUCAGCCACUCUUCAGUCUCUUUGGAUUAGUGGAAAUCCUUUCAACUGCUGCUCUUUGACUUGGCUGAAAGUUUUGACUGAAGAAAGAAACAUUCAUCUCCCAGAUCUUCAGCUUGCUCAUUGUCUUUACUGGCACAACACCACACAAUCCGCUAAUGUGACAAAUAAUCACUCCCAGCACUGUCUGGCCGAUGCCUCUACAGUUGGAGACAUGCUGGUGCUGAUUCUAAUUAUAUUGCUCUUUGUAGCUCUUUCAAUGACGGCUACUGUGUAUUUUUUAAGUAGAAAAAAGUGCCACAGACUUGUGGAAUUUAAAAGCAACAAAGUGGCAUGUUUUCAGUACAACCAGGAUGCUAAGCAAAGCCACAAAGAGCCUCAACUUGAUAUGUUUGUGGCUAAUAACUGAAGUUCAAAUCAGUGCUGUCUCUGGUCAAAACACAUUCAUCAAUGUAAAUUAAGCAUUUACAUUUAUUUACUUAGAAGACGCUUUUAUCUAAAGUGACUUACAAAAGUGGUCAACAUAACUGCAGAAACAUCAUUCUGGGUGACUGUUUGGGAACAAGUAUUACAGGCGAAGAAUACAAAAUUGAUCAUCACAAGUGAAGAGUGCAGAACAAAAUGUAAGCUAGUCACAAUUUCUUGAUUGCAAAAACUUGACAACUAAUAUCAGAGAGAAAUUCACCAAACAAGAGGGUCUUCAAACGUUUCUUAAACACACUGAAGGAGUCACAAUAUCAAAUGGUGGUCGGCGUCUCAUUUCAUCAGCUGGGAGCUAGCUACGUAAGAAAAUGAGGCAUAUUAAAAAGGAGCACAGUUAUAAAUAUGACAGGCAGUUUCCUUACUUCUUGUUCAAAGAGUGAUUAUUACCUGAAAAUAGUGCAAAGCUACAAAAAAAGCUUUAAGUUGUUAAAACAUUUCUGAUUUAUAUCCAAGCAGCCAUUCUUAAAUACAGCAGAAAGCUAUGAGCCAAAGCUACCAUAUGAUGCUACACUGUUAAUAAGAGUGGGUAUUACUUAAUUAUGUGCAGAUAUCUUUAUAUACUCAUUUCAGACUUGCUACCUCAGUUAGUCAAAAACACUCAUUUAAAAAGAAAAUGUAACUGUAUUGCUCUGUGUAAGAGAUGUAAAGAUACACAUUUAAAUUGAAUUUGUUUUGCCAAAAUUGUUCUGCCAAUUGUAUGUGUGUUUUUAAAGUUCAGCAUUUUUUAUAAAUUCAAGUAG